AUGGUUUCCGGGUUCGUUGAGUUCGAAAUAUUGAGGGGAAAAAACUACCCUCAGGCGGAAGAAGAUCCAAAUCCCUGCACGACCCAGGUGACAGUAUUAGUAGUUGACGCAUUAUCAGGGGCUGUUCUCUCGCCUGCGCAGUUGUCAUCUAUUCAGCAAAACUCGAAUGCCCCAUUUUACAACGACACACUGAAUUUCAGGGUGGAGGAUGUAUCUGAAGAUGUUUGUCUUUCCAUUACAGUGAGUGAGCACUCUCGUCAAAAAAUGCCGUUUGUUCUUUUUUAUGGCAAGCAGAUCAUUGGCCUCUCCAAGCUAAAAGCAAAGCAGCGAUUUGUGAUCCCUCUGUUCUCGGAGGAAAAGGAUACUCAACAAGUCGAAAUCGGCGCAGACACGCUGGAUCUUGAGAGCAACGGGGGAGUACCAUUCUUGAGCGCACGUAUUCAGUUUACAAAAGAUAAAAUUUUGGACAAGACCGAUCCGUAUUCCGAUGUGAAUGUAUCAGGCAAGGACUUAUCCUUUGACGGGAAGAAUCAACUGGUUCCAGAAGGGAGCCAGUACGUAUGGCUAAGGCUGAAAAGGGAUAAAAAAUGGACAAACUCUUUUCAAUAUGAGCUCUCUGUUGCUUGGCGUUCUCGUCCUCCACUCGAAGCGGAGGCUCAGGGCAACACGAAGUCGCGAAAAGGCACUACUGGAGGCAUGGGUGCGAUUUCUCCAGAACUGGAGUCGACACGGACACUUGGCGACAUCAUCAUCAAAAAAUGGUGUUGCCGCCGCACGCACCAGGUACUCACUCGAGUUUGCAUUACUGCAGAGAAGUAUGGUAAUAAAGUCACCGAUCUCACAUUCACUCCAAAGGAGGAGGUGGCGUUUCGCACCAACAAAAAGGAGCGCUGUGUUUUUCUCGAGCAAAUGUGCAAAAAGAGGCUAGAGGACGCUUGUAGCAACUGUCUUCGAGAGUGGCUCAGCAGGUUAUGGAUUCUUUUUGUUACCGGUGUCGACAGCGAUCCUGCAGGACCGAGAGCUUUAAGCUACGAGGUGCGAAAGGCUGUCCAUGACGCACAAUUUACACAAGCGGACGCCAUUAUUUUACAAGCGUGCCUUUUGUUUUCCUUUAUCCCGUCUCUCAAGUACGAAGUGUGUCAAGCGCUUUCCGAGUCUGAUUAUCAAGCCGCUCAGCCGGAAGAAGAGAUAGAGGUGAGUUCUUUUGAAUCACCCCAGUGUCGUGUGACACCUUCACAGGAGGCGUUCACUCGUGUUUUUAUUUCGUUUGUCGGUUCACUUCUUGACACAUUAACCGAAGCAGAGAUCGCCAAGGCCGCAGCUGAGUUUAAGCCUGCUAUAUGGGAUGCACAGCAGCGGAUUGCUAAAGGUGCAAAAAACACGAUUGGUUCUUGCAGAAAGAAAUACGAAGGGUCCAUUUUCAAAGGCAGUGGUAUUCAUAUCGAUCACUUGGACAAGCUCGGACGUCGCAAGCAAGUGCCAAAAUUUGUUUGA